AUGGAAAAGUCGAGCCCUACGGAUGUCGAAAAUGAAAACAAGGAUACUGUUAAGCAUUUAGAGGAUGGAAGUCAAUCAGCCACUGAGACUGAUAUCAAGGAGAAAGGCGAUAAGGGGCAGCAGCAACAACAAGAAGAACCAUAUGAAGGCUGGCGUAAUCCUGGCUGGCGUACUGUAUUGGGUUCGUUUUUGGUCAGCUUUUACUUAUGGGGAGUAACUUAUGGAUGGGGUGUUUUCGAAGUCUUGUACCUUGAUAUCUAUCCCGAGGUGAGCAAGUUUUCCAUGUCGUUUGUGGGCCCACUGGUCAUCUCUAUGACGUGUUGGAUGGGACCCCUUUCACUUGGCUUCAUCCAGCGUGUACAAAGUUAUCGAUUGGCAUACUUUGCAUCCGCCAUCAUUUGUCCUAUUAGCCUUGUUUUGGCAAGUUUUGCUACACAAUUUUGGCAAAUAGCCCUUUGCCAAGGGAUUGCCUUUGGUGCAGGUGGUGGAUGUGCAUACCUUGCAUCAUGUUUACUCCCAGCACAAUGGUUUGUACGUAAUAGGAGUCUCGCAAGUAGCAUUGCAGUAGCCGGAGGAAGUGUGGGUCCUGUAGUGAUAUGCCCCAUUAUACAAGCAAUGAUUGAUUCAUCCCUUGGGUAUCGUAAUGCGCUUCGUGUGCUAGCUGUGAUGGGAUUUGUCAUGCUUGGCUUAUCAGCCAUACUGACACAAUCACCAACUCCUGUUAAGCGCAACCCUGACUGGUGGAAGAUUGUGGAUCGUCAAGCAUUCUUCAAUAUGAAAUACGGUUUUUGGGUGGUGGGAAAUAUUUUCAUCACACUGGGAUACUUUGCAGCAUGCUUGUUGAUACCGCUGUAUUCAAAGUAUAUUGGAGCUAGCCCAUCACUUGGCUCUGGAUUGGUCUCGGUGAACUUUGCUGUCAAUGGUGUCUCUCGUAUCUUAUUGGGCUACCUUGCUGAUCGUUUUGGAGCAAUCAACGUGCUCAUUCUCACCUCUUUGUUCACAGGUGUCGUCAUCAUGAUUGUGUGGCAAUUCUCACAAAGUGUGGCUGUAUACACCGUCUUUUGCAUUCUUUUUGGAGCAACGGGUGGCACAUUUCUCGGCCUGAUGCCUUCAUGUAUUGCUCGCAUCGCAGGGAUGUCAAUGAUUGUAAAAGGCUUGUGCUUGUCAUAUAUCAUUUCAACAGUUGGCAUUUUGUUUGGCGAUCCUAUUGCUGGAGCUCUUCUUUCCCAGUACAGCUGGACAGCAGCUAUCCAAUUUCUUGGAGCGGUUUACAUAGCAUCAAGCAUUGUGACCUUUAUCUCACGCACGAUGAUGGUUGAUAAGCUCAUAACCAAAGUAUGA